CCCCUUGCCGGUCCCUCCCCGCCCCCGGAGCCGGGAAGGAGGAGAAGGAGCCAGGGGGAAAAAAAAAAAAAAAGGCACCGACAAUAACAGCCCCCCUCCCCCUCCCCAUUCAAAAACACAAAAUAAACCCCAGGGAUAGAUGAACUACAAAUGAGAAAGAGGAAAAGAUGGAACUGCACAUCCUAGAGCACAGGCUCAGAGUGGCCAGCAUAGCCAAGGAGAGCAUCCAGUUGUUUACCUAUGGAUUAAUCAAACUUGCUUUCCUGUCCUCCAAGACGAGGUGCAAGUUCUUCAGCCUCACGGAAACUCCAGAGGACUACACCAUCAUUGUGGAUGAAGAGGGCUUCCUAGAGCUCCCUUCCUCGGAACACUUGAGCGUGGCUGAUGCAACAUGGCUUGCCCUCAAUGUGGUGUCUGGCGGAGGUGGCUUCUCCGGCUCCCAGCCCAUCGGAGUGACCAAAAUUGCCAAGUCAGUAAUAGCACCACUAGCUGACCAAAACAUCUCAGUGUUCAUGCUCUCCACCUAUCAGACGGACUUCAUCCUGGUACGUGAGCGAGACCUGCCCUUCGUGAUGCAUACGCUGGCUGCUGAGUUCACCAUCCUCAGAGUAGUGAAUGGGGAGACGGUGGCUGCCGAUGACCUUGGGAUAACGAAUGGAUUUGUCAAACCAAAACUAGUUCAGAGGCCUGUCAUUCAUCCCCUUUCCAGUCCGAGUAAUAUGUUCUGCGUCACCAGCCUGGAUCCAGAUACCCUUCCCACUGUUGCUACACUCCUAAUGGAUGUCAUGUUUUACUCCAAUGGAGUAAAAGACUCAGUGGUGGGCAACGAAGACUCGGGACAUAUUCGCUUUUUCUCCUUUUCUCUCAUUGAGGGUUACAUCUCCUUGGUCAUGGAUGUCCAGACACAGCAGAGAUUUCCUAAUAAUUUGUUGUUUACAAGUGCAUCUGGCGAACUCUGGAAGAUGGUGCGGAUUGGUGGGCAGCCUCUUGGCUUCGAUGAAUGUGGAAUUGUCGCUCAGAUUUCUGAGCCUUUGGCCGCAGCUGACAUCCCAGCCUACUACAUCAGUACUUUUAAGUUUGAUCACGCGUUGGUACCUGAAGAAAAUAUAAACGGUGUGGUCAAUGCACUCCAAGUCAGUCAAGCUGAAAAGCAUUAGAAAUCUUCUGAGCUGGUUCCAGAUGCUUUUUAUUAUUAUAAUUAUUAUUAUUAUUAUAAUUAUUAUUAUUAUUAUUCUUUUUUUCUCACAGUAUUUCUUGAAAAAUCUGAUUCCAGAGAGUGACAUGAAAAGAGACUGUGGAAAGUUGAGCAGAAACAGCUCCAAUAAGCCUUUGUUUUAAUUAUUAUUAUUAUUAUUAUUAUUGUUAUUUUAUUAAAUUUAUGAAUGAGGGGCAGGAGGAAAGGAAGUUCGGACGGUUUCCUGACAUUCAGCUCCCAAGGCGAAGUGCAACCUGCCCAUGUCCUCGGUGUGGAAGGAGCUGCCCGGGGACACCCGUCUUUCCCCGAAGCGCGGUGGUGCAGAUGGCCGCAUGUGCGGGCGCUCUGCCGAGAGCUUCGCAGCACGGCUGGGAUGGAUGGGCUGCUUGCUCAGAGAGAGCCCUGAAAACCGUAAACAAAAUGAAAUGUGGAAUUAAACAGAAAAGACGUCGCAUAGUGCUGGCUUGUCUCCUCGCAUCAGACUUUCUGAGGACUGUCCGUCAUUGCGUAUGUUGAGAUAGGAUGGGAGUUGGGUUCUGUUUCCCCUGGCAAAACUGUUUGGCGUUGGAAAAGGGGAAAAUAUCCAGUUGUUUGAAUUUUCCCUUUCUCCCUGCAGUCAAAGCCUGGCUGCUCCCAGAAAACCUGGGCAGGGGGAGCAUUGCUCUGGCCCACCUCCUGGCACCGAGAGUUCUGUCUGCAUUGAAACUCAGCUGCUUUAGCUCAGUUUUCCCCAGUCACCCUCCCACUGCCCCCAGUGUCCUCCCACCAUGUCCCUGGCUCCAGGGCAGCUGCUGUCCCCUCACCCCCACAUCAGAGCCAUCCCCAAGCCCUUGUCCCCCAGGGCCAGCAAGGGGAGGGAGGGAUCUCUUCUCCUGUCCCCGCGGGCUUUUUCCCAUCCACUUCGCACACAUUCAUGGGGUCACGAAGCAUUGCCUGGGGUCCCUGCCUAGCUGCUCCUGCACGUCCCAGGCCACCUCGGCCAAAAGCCGCAGCGGGUUGUCCCCACCAGGGCCAGGAGGGUGCCCAAGCCCUGCUGGGACCCUCCUGCAGUCUUUCGUCACCUCCUUCAUCACCAGGGUGGAAAUCACUGCCAGCUGGGGACUGGCCUCCCGGGUUUUUCUGUAGGGUUCAGUGGGCAGCCCUUUGAAAGCAGAAUGGUGCUGAAAACGUAUAAAACCCGAGGCAUUUCCUUCUGGUCCUGUCGCGCGAAGAUGAUGUGGGCUUUUCCCGUGGGGCAGCAGGAGUGUGUUUGCUCCUGGCUUGAGCCAAAGCUGCGGGCCAGCGGGAGCCAAGCGUUGAGGCCCAUGGUGGCACCCGCCUCCGAAUCGUGCCUGUGGCCACUCCCAGCACUGUGGAAGACAGCGGUGCCGGGUGCCGGCAGAGCAAGCGUCACCCAA